CGUCGACAUCGAUCCGAACCGACCUCGCCGCGUUCUUGCGGUUGCCAUUCUCUUUCUCUGCCUCACGCCCAUCGCCGUCGCUCUGCGGCUGUACUCGAAAGUUUUCAUAUCACGCGAACCGUGACCUCCGACGACAAGCUUCUUUGCCUGCUCCAAGCUGUUUUUACGGUGUUUUUGGUCACCGAAAUCCUGGGAGUGGUGCAUGGUACGGGCCGCGAUGCGACACAGAUAACGCCAGAAGAUCGACGGAAAGCUCUCCAGUACUUCUUUGCUGGCGAACUCCUGUAUCUCCUCACGACAAUCCUCCUCAAAGUCUGCGUCGGCAUCCUACUUCUGCGCAUCGCGAUCGUCCCGACGCACAUCUGGAUUCUGCGGGCACUGCUCCUGUCGACGCUGGUGUUUGGGUUUCUGUACCUGUUCCUCAUCGCCUUCCAGUGCCGACCAGUACACGUAUUCUGGGACGAGGGUCCUCGUACCCCAGGCCAUUGCUUCUCGAAAACCGUAGUUCUCGGCACCACAUUCACAGCCGCCACACUGAAUUGCAUUGCGGACUGGGCAUUUGGAAUAUUGCCUUUGUUUAUUGUCUGGUCGUUGGACCUGCGCAAAAAGACCAAAAUUCUGGUUGUGCUCUUGCUAGGGUUUGCUUCAAUCGCGAGUAUCGCCACUAUUAUUCGAGCGGUGACAGUACCGUCUGUCUUGAGCGAGGAAAACUUUCUUCGCGAUACCGCCAACUUCGCCAUUUGGAGCACCGUCGAACCUGGAAUUGGUAUCACCGCUGCUUGUGCACCGAGUCUCACGCCUCUCGUCCGACAAUUGUGUGGAAGGAGGCAGCGGGAGGACCAGAGUAGGGGGCCUUGGAGGACUAGAUCGUUGCCAACCAUCGAGUUAACGGAAGUAACGAGCGAGACGACCGACACGAUGUCGAAGAACUUUUUCAGGGGGUCUUUCUCCCGGAGCGAGCCGUCGCAAUCGAUGGAGAUGCCAAGGUUGCGCUUUGACGACUUUACCUACGAAUCACGAAUAUCAGGCCCAGAGUCACGACCUUGUCGGCCAACACCGAACAGAAAUAGGGCGUCCUGGACCUUUCCACUAAGAUCGGGUUCAGGAUCCUCGUCUUCCUCUGCUUCUGGCUGGGAAUCGUGCGCUACUACACCGGGAAAGUCGGCUGCCGCGGGUAGUGGGGUCCUUCCCGAACCUCCAUCUUCCGGUAUCAUGAAAACAAUGGAGAUUGAACUGUCAUACGAGGACAGGACAUGGACGAAACAAGGACGGAUGAUGCCACGAGAUGAGUGCAUGCUGCGGCCGCAUUCUUUAUCGGGCUUCAGGAGGUUGACGAGUGGGGAAGUGCCCCUUUUACCGGAUAUCGAUAGUAACAACUUGUCGCCGUUAUCUGCGGAAUUUGACCUAGAGUCAGGGUUUGGUUCAACGACGUUCAGACACUCAUCUCCCCCUGAGGCGAGCUGGCAAUGGUCAGACAGCAGCGGUGCUAGAGAAACAUCAGAGCAUACACUGGGAUUGCCAUCCCCAACAGAACAAAGGAGGCAGGAUAACGGGCAACUCGGGGAUUCAUGA